UAGUCUCUCUGUAGACAGAUCGUCCAACCUUUCCUACUUGUGUGAGCCCGGGCCCAAGCCCGAUCCCACCACCUCCUUUCUCAUGUGCUCCAACUCACAUGACCCCUUUCUUUCCCAUUCUUAUUUAAAAGCCUAUUUGAUUUCCUUUCCCACUCAAUAUAAAGCUUAGAAAACAAAGAUAGAAAUAUACAGUACAACUAUUCUCUUCUGAAUUUUUCUUCCUUGUUUGAUUGCUAACAAAUUUAGCUUAAACAAGAAGUAGGAAGCUAAAUCAAGCUAUUUCUUUUUUUACUUGAGUUCCUAAAAAUGGCUGUAGAAGUAGCCCUGGAAGAUGAUCUUUUCUUUGCAGACUUAAACAGGCAAAUAUCUCUCUUGAUAGAUGAAGAUGAGGAGGAUUACCCUGCUGUCCAUUUCUCUUCAAUUUCUCCUCAGGGGUUUUCAGGAUCAACGAUUCGUCAACCACCAAUAAUGCCAUCACAAUAUUUGUACCAAGAAAGUUGUAGGAGAGAAAUGAGCAAAGGAACUGGUGUUUUUAUUCCACAAUCAUCACAACCAAGAAGGAAAUAUAAGCAAGGAAAGCGUUCUGCAGCACCAUCUUACACUACCAAAUCCAACAACAAGCAAUUUGUUCAUUCAAGAGGGAGAUCAAACCCUGCUGCUCAUACUAAUCUCCCUCCUGGUUACGCUACUAACGUUGAUAGGUGGAGUCUUAAUUAAUUAAUUAAUUAACCAAGUUAAUUAUAUUAAUUAUGCUCUGGAAUUCAUGUUAGUACUACUAGAUUAUGCUAAUUUUCUGUUAGUAAUUAAUAAUAAGGAUUGAAAAUUCAAUAUUUAUGAUUAAGUAUAUUCUUUAUAGAUGAUGGUAGCUUAGAAGAUGUGAGUGCAAUUACACUCCCUGUUUGAAUGGUAAGGGCAAGGAGUAUGAGAUUAUGUAUAUGCAGAAAUAAUGAUGAUCAUAAUACAUAGUUUUAGUCGAUAGCAGCUUGAUUAUUGUAAUAUUUGUUAUGCCUAAGGGAAGUCUUAGCAAAAGACUACAUGACCAUAUCAAUUAUCAAUUUAUCAUAA